CAAAGUGUACAUAAAUUUCAUCUGUAAACAGUUCUUAGUUGUGUAUAAAAAAAAAAAGUAAAAAAAAAAAAAAGUGAUGAAUAAAUAUUAUAAAUAGAUUCUAGAUCUAGAUUCUAGAAUGCUUGCAGUUAAAAUGAAAGUAGCUAACUAAACCAGAAAAUAGAAAAUACGAUUGAUAAGAUUAUUAGGUUAGUUUACAACAGUCCAAUUUAAAAAAAAAAUUGAUUUUGCCUUCUUUUGCUGGGACAGUUUCUUGAAAUCUUCAGUGAAAUUCAGUCAGUUGUUAAAAAGCACUGCAUUACCUAAAGUCUUCACUGAAACGGUGUAACCUAAGUGUAAAGUUAUAAAUGUUAUUCACCUGUGGACGGCAAAUCAAAAUUAAUGCUUCAUAACUUUAUUCAUUCAGUGCAGUCUGUAAUUCAUUAAAUGAGGUCAAAUGUUGAUUUCACUGCUGACUCUAAGGCUUGAGCUUCCAAGCGAUGCCCCAGAUUUAAAGUUUUUCAAAACUUAUUCAGCUAAAGCUAGAGGCCAGAACCAGUUCACCAAGCUAGAAACCAAAACUUAUGCAUCGGUUGCCAGGGGCUUAUCAACAGCUGUAGAUCACCAGCCACCACACAAGACCAUCCAAGCAGAAACCAGUAAAAGGGACAAAACCCACCCCCACCUCACUCUGUCAGAAAGGCGCGAGAGACAUUCUAGUUCCAGUGACAGCCCAUUCCAGAUUUCUUCACUGGAAUCAGAGUUAUCUUCAGAAAGUUCCGCUCUCACUGUUGGCUGCUCGGAUGUGACAGAGAAAACACCUGCGGAUAAUUUAACUUGCAGAGGGAGGCGUGUGUUUAGAGAGAUUCACAUAGAGCUCAUAGAAGAGAAAGAACUUGAAGCCUUGAUCAUGUCGGAAGAUUCAGAUGUGUCUUUAGUCAAUAUACUUGAGCAGGAGCCAUCAACUAGUCGAGGAGAAAAGAGGCAUAGUGCUAGUGGAGAUGAUGAUGUAGAGGAUGGAGAAGAAAAGUUUCAAGUUGCUCAUCGUGAGAGAAAGACCAAGUCUGAGUCAGAGGACAGGUCAUCGGGCUCGCAUAUCACAGGUCACCGUCCCAAAAGCCACAGUCCCACCAACAAAAUGCUGGGCACUGUGCGCUUCUACAGCGGCAACCCUUCAGUGGAGUUGACCAAUGGGAUACUUCACAUAUACAAGGACAGCCAAAUGACAACUUUAGACAAGGAUGUCACCCGUAGUGAAAUGCUGUGCAUGAUGGGAGUGCCAGCUUCAUACACCAUUCAUGAUCUGAUCAAGUUUAUUGCCCCAAUGGGGGACUGUGUGAACUACAUGCAGGUGCUGAGGGAUGCCAUCCCCAACCAGUACAUGCUGUUGAUAAAGUUCAAAGAUCAGACAUCAGCAGAUAACUUCUACACAUACUUCAACAACCGGCCCUUCAACUCUAUAGAGCCUGAUAUCUGUCAUCUGGUGUAUGUGGCAAAAAUUGAAGUCGUCAAUGAAACUGAGGGAGGAAGCUUACCUCUCUUGGAUAUGACAGAGUUACCCAACUGUCCAGUUUGUCUAGAAAGAAUGGAAGAAUCUGUAGAUGGAAUCCUCACAGUAUUAUGUAAUCAUGCGUUCCACACACAUUGUCUAGCACAGUGGGGAGAUACUAGCUGUCCUGUGUGUAGAUACUGUCAAACCCCAGAGGCUGUAGCUGACCAGCGCUGCAUGCAGUGUGGUUCUCAUGAGAGCUUGUGGAUCUGUCUCAUAUGUGGCAAUGUGGGCUGUGGUCGAUAUGUGGAUCAGCACGCCUACAAGCAUUUCCAAGACACAAACCACACGUACGCUAUGCAGCUGGGAACCAACCGUGUUUGGGAUUACGCUGGGGAUAAUUACGUGCAUCGUCUUGCCCAGAACAAGUCUGAUGGGAAGCUGGUUGAAGUUGAUGAAGGUGGUAACGAGAUCCAGGAGGAGAAACUAGACUCAAUCACACUUGAGUACACCUAUCUGCUCACCACCCAGUUAGAGUCACAGAGACUGUAUUUCAUGGAGCAAAUACAGGAGGCUGUAAAAGAUGUGGAGACUAAGCUGAAAGAGUCAACUGAUCGGUUAGAGAAAGAGAGACUGGAGAGAGAGAAAACUGAAUGUAAAUUAUCUGAAGUCAGCAAAGAGAAAUUUAGCUUGGAGAAGAAAGUGGCACAGUUAACAGCUCGUACGUCUAAAGUGGCAUCUGAUUUACAAGAUGAACGUCAGAUGAACAAAAGUCUCCUAGAGAAUCAGCAGGUCUGGCAGGGGAAGAUAACCAUGCUGGAAGAACGGCUAAAGCAGAUUUCUGACAAGAAAGAUCAGGAAAUAGCAGAGUUGCAGGAACAGCUUAGGGAUGUGAUGUUUUUCUUGGACGCCCAGCAAAAGUUUGCCAACAGCCCAGGCAUCACCCAAGACGAGCUCCAGGGAGCGCAGGUCAUUGUGGGGGAGUCGGCUGCCACACCAGGGAACCGAGGGAAGAAAAGUAGAAAGAAAAGAUAAACCUGUCCUGUGUAUUUUAAAAAACGAACAUUUUUCUUCCUAUUUUUGAAAAAAAAAAGUUGUUUGCCAUGAAGGGAAAAAGUAAAAACUGGAGUUCAGAUACCCUGAUUUUUAAAAAUUUGACAAAUGGUUGUGCAACACAGUUCUUGAGUUAAUUAUCCAGAAGGUUGGAGAAUUGUUUCUCUCUUUGGUAAAUUAUAUGCGUUGUAGUAUAAAGUUAAGCAGUUUAGAAUUGAACAUAACAUUUAAGCAAAUUAAUUUCAAUGAAUAAAUAUUGUGAUUAAUGAUUGUAAGUCUUAAGUUUUUUAUUUUUAAUUAGGGGAUUUAUAAAUUCAAAUUUUUACACAUUUGAAUAAUUUAUUUGAUUUAUUUCCUUUUUUUAUUAUUUAAAGCAAAUGAAACUGAUUCAGAUUUUUAAACAUUCCUUCCAUAAUGUUCUUACAUUACACAUAAUUAGAAAUUUUAUUAAUAGAAGCAUAAGUAAAUUUACCUUUUUUCAGUGGCAGAGCUCUAUUAGGGAAGUUAAAAUUACAAAUUAAAUGCAUUCCAUGGUCUCAAAUUGUUUUAUUCUACUGUUUUCUUUUUCUGUUUCAUCAAUUUUAAAUUUUGUCAGAUCAAGCAAAAUACUGUACAAAUUUUAGAUAAAUAUAAGAACAUAUAUCCUAUUUUGGCCAUUGGUUUUUACCAAAUAAAACCAAAACAGGAAAAAAGUCUUAUUUAAAUUUAAACGUUUUGAAUACUUCCAAUUAUUUAACUGCUGCUUAUUUCCCUUGAGCAGACCAAGUGUGACCAAGGCAGUUAUGUAAUAAGACUUUUAGUUAAAUUCAGCAUUUACUGUUUGUUUUUGGCUUUUCUCAUUCUGUUCAUACAUUUUACCUACUAUGAUAAAACCUAUUGCUUUGCACCUUGAGCUAUUUUAAGCUUAAAUUGAAGAUUUGAAUGGGUCUAUGUUAUAGAUGUCUUAAUUUUAGUAAUAUCAAAUUCUUUUUUUUAGAUUUUGUAGCAUUUAAAUCUUUUUUUUUUAAUUUUUAAGCCAGUAUAACUUAGUUUAAAAAAUCUAGAAAGUAAAUUUGAAAUUUCUCAUUCACUGAUUUUGGACUGUUAAUAGUAAAACUAUCGUUACUCAGUGCCAAUUAAUCUGAUUCCUAAAGUAUUUUCAACAUUGAAAUCAGCAUCAAAAUUGCUUGAACACCCAUUGAACAACUUAUAAUCGGCCGUGGAUGCUAAACAACUCCUACCAUUGCGGAGGGUCACAUUUCAAAAAUAGUUUGUGUCUUCACACAUUUAUGAGGUAAUUUUGAAUUAAUAACUUUCUGGCCUCACGUUUUAUAACUCAAGUGCAACAUUUUUGACAUACAAAUGUAUAUGUACUAUGAUUUAUAUAAAAGUAAAAUUCACAUUUAAUUGGAAAUUAAAAAUUUUGUUAUAAAGAUGCUAAAUUGCUGUAUGUGUGUACUUGUUACCUUGAAGUAAUUACAGCUUUACCAUAUGAGGUACUAAGUCCAACUGCCGCAAAUGAUUUAACUAGUCAUCACCAUCUACUGCCACUGAUGCUGGAGUAUCGGCUACCAGUUACAUCUCCCCUGAGUUCUCUGUCCUUGGCCACAUUCUCUAGUUUUCUGCAAGGGGCCACCCUCUUGAUGUGAGUUCUCUGUCUUUGGGCACAGUCUAAAGAGCUUUUUGACUCAGGCCAACCUAACAAUAGUCUCCAGAGUUUGACAUGGCCCACCUUGAUUAGAGUUCUCUGUACUGAGCCACAUUCUCCAGAAUUCUGUAAAGGUGACUCUCCAGUGUUCUCUUACUUUGGCCACUCUCUCCAGUUAUCUGCUUAGGGUCGCCCUUUCCAUUAGGUUCUACUUGUGACCCAUCUCAAUAACAUCUGCCUUAUGUUCUAGUUGCAAGAUGUUUUUGGGAUGUGUCUAUUACGCUUGACUCAUGGGUUCCUAAAGAUAAAAUAAAAUACACUAUUUUAUACUUUCAAAAUAUCAUUUUAACUCUUCCAUUUAGCAGUAAUAUUCAUUAUGGUACAACUGUUCUGUAUUUAUUGCCAUAAUUUUUAUUUUAUUUUAAAAAGUGGUCAUAUUUCUUUUGAUUCUGUAGUAAUAUUUAUAUUGUGAAAUUUAAUUACAAGAACUUGGUGGUAUUAGUUUAGUUAAAUGUUUAAUAUUUUAUAUUUGUGAAAACAAAAUGCAACUGGGUACUUACAAGAUCGCUGCUAUCUCUUGUACUGUGCAAACUUUCUGAUUACAUUUUUAAAAAUUUUUCUUCCUAUGUUCAUAAACAAUUUGCUUUUCCCUAAGGGAAAUCCGUAAAGCGUUUUUUUUUUUUUGCAUUUGAAUGUGUUGUAACUAAAUCCUGCAAUUCAUUAUUAAUAUUAAUGUGUAAGUAUUAUAAUAAUUGUGUUGUAAAUAAGUGCAUAUUUGAUUUGCUACGUUGUCUAUAUUAUUUUAAUAUAAGUAUUUAGGAUUCUAAAAAUGUGUCUUUUUUAAAUUUACACUUUUAAUUAUUUCACUCAGAAAAUUCAAAAUUGUUUUGAAUACAUGGAAUUCAUUUUCAUGCCUGUGAUGUAAAAAUAAUUAUUUUUUGUACCUUGGUACAACCUAAUUAUGUAAUAUUUAACAAACUGAGUCACCAUGAUAAUUUAAUAUAAGAUAAAAAAAUUAGUCAUAUGUUUUUGAAUGAUUUGAAAAUUAGCACCUUGUCUCUUAUCCUAAAAAUCUUAUUAGUAUAUUGAGUUGAGCUGACAGGAUCUUCCAAAUAUUAUUUUUAAUCAGCCCUCUGAUGUAAAAUUAAACUCAAACCGAGCUCUAAAAACUACACAAUCCUGUUUUUAAACUAGUGGCUGAUCGAGGAAAAAC